ACAACAUAUAACUCAAAACUUGGCAGCACUUACUAUUGUGAAAUGUCAGAAAUCCAACUGUCAUAAACAACGAGACGCCAAACGAUUGCAAAGUUAAUAAACGCCGGAUUUUAGUUAAAAUAUUGUUUAUUUAGAGUGGAAAAGGUUACUAAAUAACCUAGCAAGUUAGAGAAAUGAGCGCCGGAAAUAUGUUGUAUGGUGGAGAUGAAAUCGGAGCGCUUGUAUUUGAUCCGGGCCAUCACUCUUUGCGCGUGGGUUAUGCACAAGAGGAUACCCCUAAAGCAGAGAUUCCCUCUGUAGUAGGGGUGGCUCCAUCAGCACCGGACACAAAUAUGGAUUUGGAAACAAAAACUGACAACAAUAUAACACAAAAUAAUGCAGAUACACGCAAAUAUUAUGUCGAUACCACAUACGUAAAUGUGCCGCGUACUCAAAUGGAGAUACAAACUUAUAUGAAAGAUGGCAUGAUCGACAAUUGGGAUUUGUUUGAAAAAGUAAUUGACUACACGUAUGCCAAAGUCAUACAAUCAGAACCUGAAUACCAUCCUGUACUAUUUUCUGAGGCAUCUUGGAAUGUGCGUAACAACCGUGAAAAACUGACAGAACUCAUGUUCGAAAAGUAUAAUGUGCCCGCUUUUUAUUUGGUAAAGAACGCAGUGUUAGCGGCAUUUUCGAGUGGUCGUGCAACCGCUUUGGUGGUAGACAGUGGCGCAACACACACAUCUGCGGUGCCUGUGCACGAAGGUUACGUACUAUCGCAGGCGGUUGUGAAAUCUCCACUCGGUGGUGAUUACUUGUCUAUGCAGUGCCGCCAACAUCUCGAAAAACAGGGUGUAGAUUUAUCUCCGGCAUAUAAAAUUGCCUCGAAAGAUGUUGUUAAAGAACGAGAUAAUGCCCGCUUCACUUUGCGUAAAUUGCCCGAGAACUUGACACAGUCAUGGCAAAAUUAUAUGCUCAAAUCUUUAUUACAAGAUUUUCAAAUGAACAUAUUACAAGUAUUAGAGAAUCCUUAUGAUGAAAGAGUGGCCGCGCAAAUACCCAGUGUGCAUUACGAAUUCCCCAAUGGUUAUCAUCAAGAGUUUGGUUCAGAACGUUUUAAAUUGGCGGAAAGUUUAUUUGACCAUGCCAUGCUCGGUGCAGGACAAUUGGCCUCUACAAGUGUGGGUAUGUGUGACGCAGAUGUGCGUUUAUCACUCUUCGGUUCAGUUGUAGUGACGGGCGGUAACACACUUUUGCAAGGAUUCCCCGAGCGUCUAAAUCGCGACUUACAGCUACGUGCUCCUUCCAACACGCGUUUGAAAAUGAUUUCGGCUAACGGUAGUGUCGAACGACGUUUUGGCGCUUGGAUCGGUGGGUCGAUUUUGGCCAGUAUUGGCACAUUCCAGCAAAUGUGGAUAUCAUCGCAAGAGUACGAAGAGUCAGGCAAAGGACAGGUGGAGCGAAAAUGUCCCUAAACAGUUUGUGUGUGUAUGAAUUAGAUAUUGACUUACCUAUGUACUAAUUUAAAUUCGAAGAUUAAUAAUUACGAUAUAAUUUAAUAUACAUACAUACUUACAA